GCUUCUGAGAAAGUUUCCUACCCCCUGAUCCCCGCCAAACAUUUUUAUCAUUCCGUUUCGGAGUCCCCCCGCGAUAAGCCUUGUUUACUCGUUUUAGAUUUAAGUUUACGCGUCCCAAGCCCCGCCGGUGUGUCGCCCAAAUAAUGCAAGACACAGAAUAGAGCAACGGCAAAGGCAACAAGAAGUACAAACGCAACAGCAAGAAACACAAGAGAGACAUGGGCCGCAGCCGAAGUCCCGCCUCGCCGGCACUGAGAAGACGCGAGAAGGAGCGCUCCGAGCGCAAGAAACGCCGGGAACGCCGCUCCAGGGAACGUGAAGCCAUCGGAGCUGGCGGCGGUAGCAGUCGCCGUGAAAGGGAGCGAGAGCGGGACAGAAGUCGCAGCCGGGAGCGGGAGCGAGAACGGGACCGGGACCGAGCGAGGGGACGGCGAUCUAGAUCGCGCUCGAGGGGCGCCGGAGGUGGCGGUGGCGGCGGAAGUAGCAGCAGCGGACCAUCGACAUCCCGGCGAACGACGAGGAACAAUGCAGCAGCUGCCGACCGGCCCAAGAUCAACGAGGCCGAUUUGGAGGGCAAGUCGCCGGAAGAGGUUGAGAUGCUGAAGACAAUGGGAUUCUGCACGUUCGACACCACCAAAAACAGGAAGGUCGAGGGCAACGAUGUCGGAGAAGUGCAUGUAAUCUUAAAGCGAAAAUACCGUCAGUAUAUGAAUCGCAAGGGUGGCUUCAACCGGCCGCUCGACUUCGUUGCCUAGCCAGCAGUCCCUGGCCGAAUCCUUAACCUCAGCCCAACUAGUUUGCUACGCUUUUUUACUUGUCCGUACGCCGCCUGGCGACGGACGAAGACCUGCAAUUUUAUGCAAUAGACCGGUUUACGAAAUUCUGCCAGUUUUUGGCCCAAUCAAAAUUUCCACUCACCAUGCAAGACCUUUUGCAAGACAGCCCCUAACUGUUGUCUGCGACACUCAUACCUCAAUUAGUUAUUUAGUAGUUUAAGCCUGAAGUGCGAGUGCGCUUUUUGUUAUAAAAUUAGCCCUGGUUAAUUUUACAACAAAUAUCUGGGGCCGAAAGCAAGUCCAACCAACCAACCCGAACAAUGGUUGGGUAGGGAAAAGUAUGCUUUUAGCUGCAGUUACAACGCACCACGAUUGCUUUUUGAAUAUUUCAAAGUAAUUAACAAUUGUUUUUGUUGACAUCUCGCCAUUUUGUACGAAUACGAAUUAACUGAAGCCAGCCUGAGACCGAAAUUCACAACAGCAAAAUUUCCAAAUGCACACACAGACAAUUACUUAAAGUAUUUGAAAACCACACCACAAACUCAAUGAAACCUCAACCUAUCCACAAUCCACAAUCCUUGUCCCAAUCCUUUUCCUCCAUGAACCAUGAACCAACAAACUUCCUCCAUACGCUGCAAUAGUACAAGUUUUACAACCAAACCAAAAUAUAUAUCAAAUAUAUAUUUUAUAUAUAAA